UAUAAGAAGAGCUCAAGAAUCUUCAGAGUUGGGUGACCUCUAUAUUUUGGCUCUGGUGAACAGGAUCUGAUCCCAAGGACUGUUACUUUUUUUCUUGUCUGGUGUGCAGUGUUAGAAACGCAAUCAUGCCUUUCGGUAACACCCACAACAACUUCAAACUCAACUUCAAAGUUGAGGAGGAGUACCCUGACCUCACCAAGCACAACAACCACAUGGCCAAGGUGCUGACCAAGGACAUGUACGCCAAGCUGAGGGACAAGCAGACCCCCUCUGGUUUCACCUUGGAUGACGUCAUCCAGACUGGUGUCGACAACCCUGGUCACCCCUUCAUCAUGACUGUUGGCUGCGUGGCUGGUGAUGAGGAGUCCUACGAGAUCUUCAAGGAUCUGUUGGACCCCAUCAUCUCAGACCGUCAUAGUGGAUACAAGCCCACAGACAAGCACAAGACCGACCUGAACUUUGAGAACCUGAAGGGAGGUGAUGACCUGGACCCCAACUACGUCCUGUCCAGCCGUGUGCGUACUGGCCGCAGCAUCAAAGGAUACACCCUGCCCCCCCACAACAGCCGUGGCGAGCGCAGAGCAGUGGAGAAACUGUCCGUCGAGGCUCUCAACACCCUGGACGGUGAAUUCAAGGGAAAGUACUACCCCCUGAAUAAGAUGACCGAUGCCGAGCAGGAGCAGCUUAUCGCUGACCAUUUCUUGUUUGACAAGCCCGUCUCCCCCCUGCUGCUGGGUGCUGGUAUGGCCCGUGACUGGCCCGAUGCAAGAGGAAUCUGGCAUAACGAUGCCAAGAGCUUCUUGGUCUGGGUGAAUGAGGAGGAUCACCUGCGUGUCAUCUCCAUGGAGAAGGGCGGCAACAUGAAGGAGGUCUUCAGACGCUUCUGCGUUGGUCUGAAAAGAAUUGAGGAGACUUUCAAGAAGCACAACCACGGCUUCAUGUGGAACGAGCAUCUUGGCUACGUGCUGACCUGCCCCUCCAACUUGGGAACUGGUCUGCGUGGUGGCGUGCACGUCAAGCUGCCCAAGCUGAGCACACACCCCAAGUUUGAGGAGAUCCUGACCAGGCUGCGUCUGCAGAAGCGUGGCACAGGUGGCGUGGACACCGCCUCCGUGGGUGGAGUGUUCGACAUCUCCAACGCUGACCGUCUGGGAUCUUCUGAGGUAGCUCAGGUCCAGAUGGUGGUGGAUGGUGUCAAGCUCAUGGUGGAAAUGGAGAAGAAGCUGGAGAAGGGAGAGGCCAUCGACGGCAUGAUCCCCGCCCAGAAGUAAAGAGUUGUUGACGUCGCUGAUCGUAUUUUGUUUUUCUAUUUUCAAGUUAUUUGCCAUUGAGCCAACCAACCGGCGCUUAGGGGAAACUGAUGCUCGCUCUAGAGACUCUUCACUGCUCACCUAUUUUUCUUCUUUCCUUCAGCCUUUUCUUUCUCUUUUGUUUUUUUCCUUUCUUUUUCUUCCUUGCGCCAUUUUUUCCACUUCUCUCCUGUUCAGUUUGUAACAUCCUGGAUCAGCUUCCACUGAAGUCAGCUUGCCUGACAGAUGUGGCCUCACGUACAUUUGAAAUUUGUUUUUAGAAAAAUGAUAAUUGAAACUGUGAUUAAAUAAACUUGGCCUCAUGAACCAAAA